GAGCCGGAUUUGGAGCGCGGCGCCGGCGGGGGCCGGAGGGGGCGGCGCGGCGGACCUCGGUGGCCUCGGACGCUCCUCCUCGUGAGCGGCCGCCGCCCGCCUCCGCCUGCGCUAGCAGCUCCCGCGCCCCGGCCGGCACCCGCUGCCGCUCCAGGCAGCUCACCUGGGACGCGCUCACCUGGGACGCGGUGCUCGCCGCCGCCCGCACUUGGGCCAGGAUGAAGGACCGGCUGGAGCAGCUGAAGGCCAAGCAGCUGACUCAGGAAGAUGACACUGACGAGGUGGAGAUUGCUAUCGACAAUACAGCCUUCAUGGAUGAGUUCUUUUCUGAGAUUGAGGAAACUCGGCUCAACAUUGACAAGAUCUCAGAGAGUGUGGAGGAAGCGAAGAAGCUCUACAGUAUCAUUCUGUCUGCACCAAUUCCAGAGCCAAAAACCAAAGACGACCUUGAACAGCUCACAACUGAGAUCAAGAAAAGAGCCAACAAUGUCCGGAACAAGCUGAAGAGUAUGGAGAAGCAUAUUGAAGAAGAUGAGGUCCGGUCAUCAGCAGACCUUAGGAUCCGAAAGUCCCAGCAUUCCGUCCUCUCUCGGAAGUUUGUGGAGGUGAUGACAAAGUACAACGAGGCUCAGGUGGACUUCCGUGAACGCAGCAAAGGGCGCAUCCAGCGGCAGCUUGAAAUUACUGGCAAGAAGACAACCGAUGAGGAGCUGGAAGAGAUGCUGGAGAGUGGUAACCCUACCAUCUUCACUUCUGGGAUCAUCGACUCGCAGAUUUCUAAGCAAGCCCUCAGUGAGAUUGAGGGUCGGCACAAGGAUAUCGUGAGGCUGGAGAGCAGCAUCAAGGAGCUCCACGACAUGUUUAUGGACAUCGCCAUGCUGGUGGAGAAUCAGGGUGAGAUGUUAGAUAACAUAGAGUUGAAUGUCAUGCACACCGUGGACCAUGUGGAGAAGGCACGGGAUGAAACUAAAAAAGCCAUGAAGUAUCAGGGUCAAGCUCGGAAGAAAUUGAUAAUUAUCAUUGUGGUAGUAGUUGUGUUGCUGAGCAUUUUAGCGUUGAUUAUUGGACUGUCCGUUGGGCUGAAGUAGGAGUGGCCUAAGGGGCUGCUGCACUGAAAUGUAAGUAGAUGAACGGUUGUGGGGGCCCUGGACCGGCUCCCCCGGAGGCAUUAGACUGGGAUUUCAUAAAGCUACUCUUUUCUAAUGACUGUCACAAUGUGCUUUAAAAUUGUUGGUAACCGUGAUUUUUUUUUUUUUCAUUUCCUUCAAAUUCUUCUCUUGGGUUCUGGCUGCAGGGUAUUGGUCAUGUCUUCUCUCUUUGUAGCCUGAAGAUUCUAUCCUACUUUGUCUUGUUGCUUGGCACACUUGAGCAUCUCAUUUUGAUGUCCGUACUCAGGGAACCUGGGUAGAUGUUGGGUAUCAUCUGGGAGCUAUCUUCUAAAUUCUUGGUAGCUUUCACAGAUGCUGGGUUUAGCUUUCCUUCUCCUUUUUCAGCAUAACUGGAGCUUUAUGCUGUGGCUUCAGGCCUUUAAGAGCUAUGUUUGUGGCUGAAUGGUUGGCUCUUAAAUGAGGUACUUGUAACAUUUUAAAGUGUUGACUCAUGGCACAGAGUCUGCUAAACAUAUUAUGUAUGUAACAGAAUCCUCACAACAUUCUUAUGAGGCAGUUAGUAUUAUUUUAGAAGUAGAAAAUUUCAAGUCUUAAAGAAGGGUCAAACUCACACAGCUAAUAGUGGACCUAGGAGAGUGCUACAUCUUAGUUUCUCUUUAUAAAAUAAGGUAGUGUUUAUCAUUGUCUAUAGCAGAAUUCUAGGCUAUCAACCAACAUUUAUUAAGAUAUAGCUGGCCAGUAAAUUAGGCUUGACAUUGGUAAACAUGAUAAAGAUGACCUAGUAGUCCUUGGGACUUAAGAACUUUCUUUUUUUUUUUCUGAAUAAAACAGAGCAUAUGUCAUUUUUAAAAGCUUGUAAGAUACAGACAAGUGAAGUUACAUUGUAAUAUUAUUUUUCACACACUCACACACUCUCGGUUUUGCAUAGUUCACGCUGUGUUAACUAUAUAAUGCUUUUUACCCAGUUAGAAAAUCCUAAAGAUCAUUCUUUGUCACUAAAAUCUUGUUGUAAAUCUAAUUCUCAACAUGAGGACAUUUAGCAUUUCCUCAGUGCUGAAGUGUAUAUUAUUUUGCUAUCAUUAAAUGUGAUGAGCUUUAUAUUUUUUCUCUUCUCUUUACUGUAAAUUCAGAAAUUAGAUUACUGAGGUAACAAGCAUGAACCUCCCUGAGAGGUGAUGCAGACUUCGAUGUUGAUACAGGGCUGAUUCUUCAUUUACUUUGUCCCACCCCAGUGUAUCACUGCAUCUCUCCCCUUUCCAUGUGACUGAAGGGUCUGGAAGUCAGACUAGAAAAUUUUAAGUGUUCAACUUUACAUUAAAAGAUAACUGUGAUGAGGCAAUCAAGCUUCAUAGGUUCUUUUGAUCCCUUGUCUCUUUCCUGACAUCGUUACAGUUCUUGAUCACCUCUCUUUAUAAAGUUUUAGUUUUUGCUCAGUCUUGACUAUCUCAAUGCAAAAUAUGGUAAAAUAAUAAAAAAGGUGUAAUAGUUGUUAUCGUUCCAUAUCCUCAGAUGAAAAGAUGCCUUGAAAAUUCAUGAUGCCUCUUAACCCUCAUUCCUAAUUCCAAGAAUUCAGAAUAUAGAAGACUCAUUUUUGAGGAGGUUAACACUAUUACUUUUCGCUGACUAACCAGACUACACAGCAUUAAGUUGCUCUGAAGUUAUGUGACUUGCUGCAUGUUGUUCAGUAUUCCCUAGUAAAGGCCAGGUUGAUUGGCACCUAGGUCUAGGCUUACCGGUCUCCCAUGCCAACCCAUGACCAAGGACAAUCUGUGUUUACAUUCUGCAGUUGCAUGCCAGCUGCAGGGCUAAGAUGUCAUCCAUGCCUCUAACUUACAGAAAGCCACUGGAGAAACUUGUCCACUCUUACAUCACUUCUAAGAUGAAGCAGCCAUAGUAUAACACCUGAGAUUUUCUGUAGUCUUUUGAUUGUGCCUGUCUGCUUCCUAUGUGAAGGGAGGGCUCCUGGAAAGGAUCUGGAUAUAGGAUGCUUCUGAAACUUGAAUUCAAGAGAAGAGCUGCCACGUGCCAGGCAGAGAGCAGGUGUUUUCAACUAGUGAUUGUGCAUCCCCAUGUCCUUCCACAGCUAAUUGAUUGUGGCACAAAAGCUUAUAUAAGUCGCCUAAAUAUUUUUGGUACUACUGUUAAAUAACUGAAACACUUUUAAAAUUAGUAUGCAUAGUAAUGGGUUCGUUAUGUCACAUGUGUAUUUUUUAGUUGACCCUCUUACCCACCUCCUGCUGGAUCUCCAACCCCAGUAGCUCUCUGUUCACCUUUCAUGUCACAUGUAUUCUAUUGUCAGUCUCCCCCACACCCCACUGCCACCACCAUGGUCCCCCAUUCUCAAUCUGUGGGUUGCAACCCCCAAAAGACCAUUAGUAAACAGAGAUAUUUACAUUAUCAUUCGUAACAG